UGAAAAUCCACGGUGCUCACCCCGUACCCCGCGCUAUCCGCUGUGACGAAGGACGCUGAUUCGCUGAUUUUUGGACGGGGAAGGAUCAGAUCUUCAGUGUACGGAGUCAGAGGACAUUCGAGGACAAACUGAGCGUCGUGACACGUUUCGCAGCCUGACUGGCUGAUAAGAAAAGCCGGCUGAUGAUGUGAUAUCGAGUUUGUUCUUGUGUUGAUUUCGGCCUGGUGCCUGCGCUCAACAGAGCUGUGAACGAGAGUGCGAGCAACAGAGCAAACUGCGUUUUCUCUCCUGGACCUGAGCUGCAGCUGGUUACUGGCCUAGGAGGACAGUACAGUGGAGAACUAGUUCGGGCAGAGUCCGCUUGCCUGCUCUUGUGUUCAGCGCGUUAGCUCACAGCUGCCUGCUGGCGAAUACAGGGAAGAACUGAGCAUGGGGAGCAAAGGCAAGAGCAUGCUGGCAUCGGAGAAGGCAUUCGAUCAUAAGAUCGGUGAUGAAGUGUUGGUGCGCUGGAAAGAUAUGCGGGUCUAUUAUGCCAACAUACGAAAGAUCGAUCGUGGCAGAAAGCGCUGUGUCAUUCAGUUUGAAGAUCAUGGUCAACGUGGAACGGUGAAGUUCGACCAGAUUCACAGCGUUGAUGCGCCCAUACCAGACGACAUCUGGCUGGCGUGUGUGAUCUGCAAGUUUGGUCAUUCCAACCGGCCCAACGAGAUUGUGCUGUGCGACAAAUGCAGUGUGGGAUAUCACCAGCAAUGCCACGAGCCUAACAUUGCAGAACAAGCCGCCACGGAUCAGAACUUCCCCUGGACGUGCGUGUACUGUGAGCAGGAUAAGGAAAACCCGCACUUAAAGCUAGACGCCGAAGAUCAGGCUGCUACCAACGAGGACGUUCAACAUUCACAAGAAGUUCAUAAUGACAAUGAAGUGGGGAAAGAUGAGGAUGGUUGCGACGAUGAGAUGGAAAGCAAACUGCAGAAGGAUGUCGCAAAGGUUGAGGCUAGUAAUGGAAAGCGGGGUGACAAGCUGCAAUCGUCGUCGAGACGAGCAUCGACCGAAUCAGCUGAUCAGUGCACAGGAGAACCAUCAACUGGCCAGAGUACACCCGACGAUGAAAACGGCGAUCAUCGCGUACAACAGCGCACAACCAAGGCACGCAAACCAGCCGCGGCAGACAAUACGAUGCCUGUGUCCAGUCGAGAAGCAAGCCCACCGCUGUCUGCUCGAACGGCGGAGCUCCAGCAGGCCAUGCACGGCGAAGACUCGCAACACGCGGUGCCGGUGGCGCUGCCGAAGCCCAAGCCAUUACGACCAGCCGAUCUGAAAGCCAUGGUUCAGAACUCCGCGAAGUCCGCACAACUGCCGCUCUUCUUCCCACAGGAGUCAUCACACGCGUUGCUUCCCAAAGCAACGACAGGACUUGCGUCACCCAGCAGCACAGUAGCACGUGUGAACAUUCCACCUGGUCGGGCCUACCAUGGCCGAAGUGGACCACGGGGAGUCGGCAAAGCUAAGAAAAAGCAACAACGUCCGCAGGAUACUGAAGCGGCUCACAAGUUGCUGACUGAACUCGGCAAACAGGCCGAUCCUGCUACGCUGGCAUCGUUCCUUAGCAGCCAGCACAGGAUAUCCGCGCCGUAUCGACGGAUUGCGCCGAAAGGUGGAACGCCAUUCGGGGGAUCGCCGGUGGAUCCACCUUUGCAACCGACGUUAUCGGCAAAGGUGACGUCUACUGUCUUGGCGCCUAGCUCGACGGCUCAACCCAAGCUGAGUAAUACAGAGCAGGUCCAUUCGAUACGCAUACGCCCGGAGAAAGGCACCGGGUUCAAGCUGUUACCCAGCAGAGCGAACACAUCAGCAGGUAACUCAACGACAGCUGGCAAUCAACGGUCGCCAUUGCCAAUCUCGCCGAGCCGGCCUGGCAUUCAGGAGAGUUGCGGCGAUCGCACCGAGGCACGACCGCAGCAGGCCGUUGAGAAGGGGAAGGUCAGAACUCUCUCUGCGGCCCCGACAGCGUCGUUCCACUCAGCAGACGCGCGCGAUCAGGCGCGCAUGGUGACAUACUCUGGUAGUCACGGCAGCGACAUCCAGCAAGCUGGCCGCCGUAACGAUGCGCCAUGCAUCCAGUAUGAACUGCCGUCCAACGUGAAGACCCGCCAGUUAUACCCGGAAGCAGCAGCUGCAGCAGCAGCAUCACAGCAGCAGCGACCACGCAAAGGCCUGGGCAGUCCUGUUUUCGCGCACUCUGCCAGUUUGCCUAAGCGCGUUUCUGUCCUGUCGCGCAAGAUGAAAGCGGCCACUCAGUCGGUCUUCAGCAGGGCAUUGCACGGAAGAAAACCACCGACAGUCGUUCCAAGAGAGGCGUCGUCAAAUGACCAGCGCUUUGACAAUGGCUUCUCCAUACCUCCUCCUCCUGUACUAUGCCGCAGUGGUAUUUUUGAUCAGAGUGUCUCAGUUCAAGAUCUUGAUAACGUCUUCAACGGCCAGUUUGCAUCGUUCGUGGAUGGUAUGAGCUCCAGUGUGCGGAGCACAAUGCUGGGCCAGCACUUGAAUGCUGUCAGAGUGAUUGUACCGCCUGUGUGUUUGACUACUGCCAAUGUCGAUGGCGGGAGUCCCGUUUCUUUGCCCGACAGUGGAGAUGGUCACUCCGCCGAGUUGCAGAAUGUUUUGCCGCAGCUGCAAGCGCCAUCCCUGGUACAGUGUUCACUAGACGGCGGUGUGGAUAUGAAUACUGAUGAACAGCGUGCAAACACUGACCUAGCCAUCGCAGCAACACCGCAGCCACAGCCGCCGCAACACCGCACCGGCUUUCGCAGCCCGCCCGACAGUCACGUGAUAAGAUCUCCAAGGCAAUUUGCACCUCAACAGCCGCUGCGGCAGCCACCUCGGGAGCCUGUCGAGAUGGAGAUCGACUAUGGACACAGACGGAGAACACAUCAACCGGCACAGUCGAAACAGAUGCAGCAAGGUGUUAAUGGGUUUGGAAAUCCGGGCCACGAUCACCUUAGAACCAUGCAGACGACGCAACCCAGGCAGCAAGAAGGCACCCAACAAACGAAAAAGCGAAUGCCAAGCAAACAGCUGCGAUAUCAGCAAGCAUCAAGAUCAUCACAGGUACAUCCAUUGCAAGGGCAGAUCCUGAACGGCCGCCAACAACUCCCAAGCAAGGGACCGCAGCUGUACCAGCAACGGCAACACCAGCAGCACCAGCAACAAGGGCAGCAGCAGCAACAACUGCAACAGCAGCACCAACGACAGCAACAACAGCUGCAACAACAGCAGCAACAGCAACAGAGACGAAGCAUCCAACAGCCCAAUGAGCUAGGGCACACCAGUCAGUCUAAGCCAAUCCAAUCGUCACCUUCGGACUCAACCAUUGUUAGCCGUUCUCAACACCCGAAAUGUGCUACUACCGCUAAUCGCCCGGGUAACGGACAGAGUUCAAACGCUGCCAUGCCGGCAAGAUCAUCUCCUCACCAGCAGCUACAGCAGCAGCAGAAACAGCAGCAGAAGCCCCCAGGCUCAUCUCCACAGUUGCUGGCGAAGGUAGUGAAUGGCCAUACCGGAACAUCUGCCACCACCGCGGCUGCUAACCGUCCGAUGUGCAUCGGCUGCAAGCGGCCGGCUUCCAGCAUAUGUUCAGUGUGCCGGAAGGUCUGGUACUGCAGCACAACGUGUCAGGCAAAAUACUACAAACUGGCGUGCGCAAAGUGUUUGCACGAGCCCAAAGCGCCAAAGGCACAGAGCACCGUCCAGAAACCCUGAACUGGUAGUGUGCUCUUAUUACCGUACCAAGUAGAUUGCAAGUUGCUGAGUGUUACAUCAUUAUGAUGUCAUGGCAUUGCCCUUACAUCAUUAUGAUGUCAUAGCAUUGCCCUUGCAUCAUCCAUAGGAGACAAUUACGUAAUGAUGGCAUCCAUACAAGCCUCCUUCAGUCCUUGACAGUCUCGACAUGACAUGACUUGAAAGUUGAAGUUGACUGUUGGAUCAUUGGAUGUCAUGUUGAACGUGUUGUCAGAGAGUCAAUCUUGCAGUAGCGCUUCAAGUAUACACAUGUAUGUACAUGUAGGUGCUGGUGCUGGUGCUGGUGCUGGACAUAGUACAACCCAAAGUCAUGCACACAUAGACAACAUUGCAUUCAAGUGUGGGUCCGAUUCUUCUCGAACAGAAAUUGAGCUUCCGAUUCUUCUUCUUCUUCUUCUUCUUCUUCUUCUUCUUCUUCUUCUUCUUCUUCUUCUUCUUCUUCUUCUUCUUCUUCUUCUUCUUCUUCUUCUUCUUCUUCUUCUUCUUCUUCUUCUUCUUCUUCUUCUUCUUCUUCUUCUUCUUCUUCUUCUUCUUCUUCUUCUUCUUCUUCACUGUUGACAUGCUUCUGUGUCUAGGGCACUAUACCUUGUCAUUUGUUUCAAACAUGUAAAUGAGUCCUGUUAUAUAACUACUGCUGCGAGAGAACUUGGCUCAGUGGAUUUUAAAGAAUCAUCGGUGUACUCCGCUUAUUCUCGUCUAUUUGAAAUUGAAUCGCCCCUU